GUCGGGGGCAGGGAGCAUCGUUUUUCCUUCUGAAGACGUGAUGGUAUUUGAUUAGCAAUAUCCAGGGAAGCUUCAGUUGCGUUAUAAUCGCAGCAAUUGCGCUGGCGGGAACUUGAAGAGAGAGAGGCGGGGGGAGGUGGGUGGUUGAAAAGGAGCGGGAGACGGACAGGGGGCCAAAGCCAAAGGAGGUAAAGGCCAAGUCAAACAAGGCAAGCGAAGCCAAAGGAGGCAAAGGCAGAGCAGGCAAAGGCAGAGCGUAACAAAGAAAGCAAAGCGAAAGUAAAACACAAGAGGACUCAGUAACGCGAAGCCAAUCAGAGCAAAGGUACAAGGCAAGGCAAGGCAGGGCAAGCUGAGGGAGGGAGGGACCUGACUUGGAGGUGGUUGGUGGGGAGGGGGGAAAGGGAAGGGAUUGAGCAGGGGGUGUCGGGUGUUUGGUGAAAAUAUUGGGCGGGGUGACGCACAGGGUUGAUUGACAGCUUCAGUUGAAUUAGGCGGAGUGGUGUUUUGGCGGAUUCAUAUCAUAUCGCGGAGAUGGAUGCAAGUGCAAGCGGCCAUGGUCUAGGAGAGGGAGACGCUGGAGCAUCGACGAGCAAUGGUAGUGGACUUGCGGGAGAGGGAGGGGGAAAGAAAGAGCAGGAUAGGACAGUCGAGAUCCGGAUCAAGACUCUUGACUCCAAUCCCUUUACGUUACGCGUCCACAAAGAUAUACCUGUGCUGGAAUUGAAAGAGCGCGUGGCCCAAGAGACGGGAACGCCGGUGGAGAAUCAACGGCUCAUAUGCCGCGGGAAGGUUCUGAAGGACGAUCAUCUUCUGUCUGCGUAUAAUGUUGAUGAGGGUCAUACUUUGCAUUUGGUUGCACGGCGCCCUCCACCUGCAACGGCUUUGCAGCAACAGCAGCAGCAGAACACACAGCCUUCAACAACAGGUGAUUCCGCUCCUGCAAGUGAUACUCAGCCACGUGGACAUGUAUCACAUAGCGUGCUUAUGGGAGCAAUUAAUAUUCCUGACACAGGAGGUGGAUUGCAGGACCUCAAUCGGAUUGUUUCAAGUGUGCUGAAUUCUAUUGGGCUUGCUGGUGCGAUUGCAGGCGGUGGAGCUCCUUCGGCUGGUACUACGGUGCAAGGCACAGGAGGGGCUGCUUCUUCUGCAGCGGCAGGGAGUGCACCCGCAACUGGUGUAUAUGGUGAAGGAGAAGAUGCUGGGGAGCUUGAUGGGGAGAACUUGGGCCCUGAAGUGGAAGUCCAUAUUGACACUGUUUAUGGGCUCCCUCCAGGGUUUGUGCCUCCACCAGUCAUUCCAGUCGGUGCAGGAGGAUGGCAAGCGCCAUGGACUCAUGCGCAGCUACCAUCUGGGCAGACACCUCCAGAUGCAUUGACGACAAUAAACCAGUACAUCAGUAAUCUCAACCAUUUGAUUGCCACAAUUGACAGACCAGGGGCAGCUUCACGACCUAGACCGCAGCCAAGCACAUCAAUGGACAUUCCCAGCACAGAAGUAGCAGGUCUAAGACAAAAUACUGGUGAGAAUCUUCCGGAGGCAGCACAGGCACCUGUGGGGCAAGUGCGGACUGAUGCACAUGUUAGUAGCUCUGAUCGCAGCUCUGCCAGUGCUGGUCAGUCCCAGGUUAUCGCUAGUGAUAUUGUGAGUGAUGUGCCCAUGUCAUUGAGUGCUCCAGUUGUGCCGGUCAGUGUUGUGGUGACGCCAGCAAGUGUUGUGACUGUGCCAACACGCACUGCAACAGUGCCUGCGAGUGCUGUGACUGUGUCUGCAAGUACACCGAUGGGAGGGCAAGUACAGUCCCCAGAUAUGGCUACCUUAGGUGUAUCAACAGCUAGUUCUGGGGGAGGUGCUGCUACAAAUCGGGAUCAGCCAGUCUCAGAGCUGUUGUCAGCAAUUCGAGGCACACUGGACUUGAUGAGAGGACCUGGUGGAUCGGCAAUAGCGCGAUUUGCAGAUCAGCUCGAAUCGCAAGGGCCAGUUACUGAGCCUGAAGCAAGGAAUAACUUCCGUGUUCAAGCGAUGCAGCAAGGAACAAUAAUGCAGCGGCUAGGGGCAUUACUUUUGGAGCUGGGGCGGGUCACUUUCUCUCUCAUGUGGCAAGCACCGGGGAGGGAAGGGUUUAUCAACCCAGGUCCAGCUGUUUACAUAUCAAAUGAUCAUGCACAGCCAAUCAUGGUGCAGCCGGUGCGUCAGUAUCGCCCUCAAAUCCCAUUCUUCAAUCCAGCUCAGGCAGGGAAUAGCCAGGGAAAUAUUGCCAUCCACAUUCAUGCAAAUGGGCCAGAGAUGCAGCUUCCUCCUCGUUCACCAUCACAACGGGCACCUGGCUCACAAAGUACAGGUGUGGGGGGCACUCCCGCUCCUUCAGCUGGUUCUGGUGGUCAAGGGCCAGUGAGACAGAUAGACGGGCAACAGACUGGAUCUACAAACCAGGCACCUGGUGGUCGGCCAGCGGGAGCUGGUGGAGACGAAGCAGAGGAUGGUCGUGGUGGGGCCCCUGGUGCAGGUCAGGGGGGUGUUUGGUUGGGCCCAGGUGGCGAGGCGAUGCAGGCAAUUUUUUGUAGCAUUGAUGCAAAUGGUCAGCUGAUGGUUCAAGGGAGAGGGGCGCCACCCGGGACAGCAGGGGCAGGCCAGUCUGAUGCAGCUAUGUCUGGACAGAGUCGACCAGUUGGCCAGGGGCAGACUCUGCCACAAGCACCCAAUGUGGGGUUGCUUCCUCCUCAGGCUGUGUUUCUGCCAGCGGCAGCCCUUGCACAGAUGUGGCGACCUGGUCCUCCGUCACCGCCUCCAGCUGGUCCACCAUCUCAAGCCCAGCCACAGCCAGGGGCAUCACAGCCAGGGGCAUCACCCCCGUCGCAGCAAAACCGUCCACAAGUGCAGGUGCAGGCUUGGGGUCCCCCUGGGAGUGUUGCUCGAAGGCCCUUCGGAAUCUCGGCUGUUUCGUUUUCAACAGGGACAUCCUCAUCGCCAUCAUCUGUCUCUGUUUUUGCACCUCCAUUCAUGUCGCCCAGGGCAGGGGGGCCAGCACAAAUGCAAGGGGAACAACAACCUGAUAACACUUCAGGUCAAGGCCAGGCACCAACCAGCCAAGUGUCUAUGGAUCACCAGCAAACACCGCAGCAAACACAGCAGCAACAGCAACAGCAACAGGCUGGAGCGGCUGGAGGCACACAAAUAUCAGACUUCGCCGCGCGGUCUGUGAUGUCCAUAAUGGAAACCAUCAUGGCAGGACUGAGGCCCCCAUCUAGUGGAGAAGCUGCUGUGACACAUCAGGUUGAAGGUGCGGGAGUUCCAGGAGCCGCAGAUGCAUCUAAUGCCCGUGGAAUGAUGGAUAAUCCUUCUGCUGCUGGUGGUGCGACUGCUGCCAGCGGUGGGCCGCAAGGCACUGCCCAAGCGAGUCCAGGUGGAGUUCACAAUCCCACAGUAAUCGGGACCGAGGGUCAUCCGCAAGGGGUUGAUCCUGCAGCUGUGAUGAGUUCCAUCCUCAGUGCACUGCAGCCGUUUCUGAACAUUCAACAGCAAGGUCAUUAUCAGGUUCAUGUGGGGCAAGGACUGCACCCACAGCAUCACCAACAGCAGCAGCAGCAGCAGCUUCUGCUGCAGCUUCGACACCAGCAACAACAACAGCAACAACAACAACAGCAGCAGCAGCAGCAGCUUCUGCUGCAGCUUCGACACCAGCAACAACAACAGCAACAACAACAGCAACAACAACAKCAACAACAACAACAGCAGCAGCAGCGGCAGGAGCAAGAACAGCAGGUGAGGCCAGGAACCUGGUGUGCAGUGGUUGAUUUUCAGUUUCCUGCAUACCUGCUUGAUCUCACUGGUCUGCUGCUUUCCCUCUUCCUCCAAUCUCGUUUCACACUGCAGAAGUCGCAGAGCAUUCAUCACCCGGCCUGCUUCACUGAUUGCAAGUGCCUCAGUAAUUGACUUGUCAUGGGAGUCUUUUGAUUGUCUACUAAGUCUCUUCAGCCGCUUAGGUUGUGCAGUGUUGAAACUGUUGUUGUCUGCAAGUCAGUAAAAGUUUAUUUUCCCU